GAGACAAAACCGAAAGUACCAGUAACCGGACGGCGUUAGGGACGGAGAGGAUUCUGGACAUCACAUGGUGAGUUUAUAACGUGGUUAACCAGCGAUGACGUGUUUUACUGACGUGUAGAUUGAAAAUAGCGCACACGAGUUCACGGCAGCUUUAAGGGAAACCGCAGUUAGUUUUCCAUUUCUGCCCACAAAACGACCAACACAUCCCUGUUAUGGAGGAGACACACACCACAGACGGUCCAUCGAGGACAUUCAGAGUCAUGUAGUGUAGUGUACACUGUAGUGGACACGCCAGUACAGCGGUUACUCACUGCAGAGGUCAAAGAGCAGCAUCUCAGUUCUCUGGCUGUGUUCCUAAGAAUUUCAGCUCCAUAAUGGAGCCUCAUAACUCCAGUUGUGGUGGAGGAACCUCUGACCCAAACACAUUGACUCACAAAGGCCUUUCAGCCAUGUUUGGAGAACUUCUGAAUGAGUGUGUGAGGGACAUCGGAAGCACCAGCACUUUGACUGAGAGAAGCCUUUCGGCCAUGUUUACAGAUGUGUUGGAGGAGUGUGUUGGGGAUUCCACGAGCAACAAUUCGCAGACACAGGGAGCGACAUCUUCAGCACACAGUGAGCCUGUUAAACGUGACUGGUCCAUGGUGGAGCCCACUGGACUCAGCAGUGGAGAUGAGCCAUGUGAACCAAAGUCAAAGAGAUCAGCAUCUCCAGUACCCAGCUGCAUGUCUAUGAAGAGUCACUCAUCCAAGCUAGAGCCCCCUGAAUUCAGCAGAGGAAAUGCGACCUAUGAAACGAAUCAGCAGGGUAAAAGAGAAGUAUCUCCAGCACCCAGCACUGAGUCAGCAUCUUUUGGACCAAAUUUGCAGACACAGAGAGCGACAUCUUCAGCACACAGUGAGCCUGUUAAACGUGACUGGUCCAUGAUUGAGCCCACUGGAUACAGCAGUGGAAAUGAGCCAUGUGAACCAAAGUCAAAGAGAUCAGCAUCUCCAGUACCCAGCUGCAUGUCUAUGAAGAGUCACUCAUCCAAGCUAGAGCCCCCUGAAUUCAGCAGAGGAAAUGCGACCUUUGAACCGAAUUUGCAGACCCAGAAAGCUGCAUCUUCAGCUCCCAGCUGUGUGUCUAUGAAGAGUGACAAGUCAAUGGAGCGUCCUCCACAACUCAGUAUGGAAACUGUGACCACUGACCCAAAUCUGCAGACCCAGAGAGCUGCAUCUUCAGCUCCCAGCUGUGUGUCUGUGAAGAGUGACAAGUCCAUGGAGCGUCCUCCACAACUCAAUAUGGAAACUGUGACCUUUGACCCAAAUUUACAGACCCAGAAAGCUGCAUCUUCAGCUCCCAGCUGUGUGUCUAUGAAGAGUGACAAGUCAAUGGAGCGUCCUCCACAACUCAGUAUGGAAACUGUGACCACUGACCCAAAUCUGCAGACCCAGAGAGCUGCAUCUUCAGCACCCAGCUGUGUGUCCAUGAAGAGUGACAAGUCCAUGGAGCGUCCUCCACAACUCAAUAUGGAAACUGUGACCACUGACCCAAAGCAGCACUCCACAGAGGCAGCAGAGCAACAGGAAUCCAGCCAACCAAUAGAUGAUGUCUUGCACAGAGUCUUAGAGAGACACAAAAUACACAUGAAGAACAAGUGUGAGAGCUUAUUUGAGGUAGUCCAAAUACAAAAGAAUAAAACGCUCCUGAACAGAAUUUACACACAGCUCUACAUCAUAGAGGGAGAGAGUGAAGGCGUGAAUAAAGAACAUGAGGUUUUACAGAUGGAGAAACAACCCAGGAAGCAGCACUUACAAGACACCGCCAUUAACUGCAAUGACAUUUUUGAAUCCUCGGUCGAACCAGUACUCGAGGAAGAUAUAAAACACAGGAAGAACCUUAGAACAGUGAUGACUAAGGGCAUCGCAGGCAUCGGAAAAACCGUCUCUGUGCAAAAGUUCAUUCUGGACUGGGCUGAAGGAAAAGCCAAUCCUCAUAUUGAUACCAUGUUUGUGCUUCCAUUUCGGGAGCUGAACUUGAUUAAAGAUGACCAGUAUAAUCUUCAUACGCUUCUGUGUAACUUCCAUCCUGAGCUCAAAGAUCUGGAUAUAAAGAUGUAUGAUAUGUGCAAAGUUGUGUUCAUCUUCGAUGGUCUAGAUGAAAGUAGAAUCCCACUGAAUUUUUCACAGUGUGAGAAAGUAUCUGACAUCACCUUGACAUCAUCAGUGGGUGUGCUGAUGACAAACCUCAUCAGGGGAGACCUGCUUCCCUCUGCUCUCAUCUGGAUAACAUCUCGGCCGGCAGCAGCCAAUCAAAUUCCCCCUGAGUACAUCAACCGUUUGACAGAAAUUCAAGGAUUCAAUGAUCCACAAAAGGAGGAAUACUUUAGGAAGAGAAUAAGUGAUCAGGAUCAGGCUGACAGAAUCAUCUCACACAUUAAAACAGCUAAGAGCCUCCACAUCAUGUGCCACAUACCAGUCUUCUGUUGGAUCUCAGCCACUGUUCUUCAGGAAAUCUUAGAAUGCCGUAUCAAUGCAGAGAUCCCUAAAACGUUGACAGAGAUGUACAUACAUUUCUUGCUCAUUCAGACACAUGUGAAAAACCAGAAGUAUGGAAAGGCCAAAGAUAGAGACCUAACAGAACAGCUGGGACCCAACAGAACCAUGAUUUUAAAACUGUCCAAACUAGCGUUCAGACAGCUGGUGAAGGGCAAUGUGAUGUUCUAUGAAGAAGACCUGAGAGAGUGUGGCAUUGAUGUCAAAGAGGCCUCGCUGUACUCUGGAAUUUGCACUGAGAUCUUUAAGGAGGAAUCUGUGCUUUACCAGAGGAAAGUUUACUGCUUUGUGCAUCUGAGCUUUCAGGAGUUCCUGGCUGCUUUCUAUGUGUUUUAUUGCUAUAUGAACAAGAACAUGGAAACACUUCAGUAUUUUAAACCACCAUACAAAGAGUGGUCUGAGAAUGUAACGCUUGAAGAUCUGCUUGAGGGAGCAGUGCGUAAAGCCUUAAAGAGUCAGAAUGGAAGCCUAGAUCUUUUCCUCCGUUUCCUGCUGGGCAUCUCACUGGAGUCCAAUCAAAGACUUCUACAAGGCCUACUAAUGCACACACAAAGCAGCUCAGACAGCAUCAACAAAAUCAUAACCUACAUUCAGAAACAAAUCAAAGGAGAGGAUGAGAUGGAAUUGGAGCGGAUAUCAGUGAUGAUGAACAUCUUGAAGAUGAUGAUGAAAAAACUGGAAGAAAGACAGUGUCUUCCUGCUGACAGAUCCAUCAACCUGUUCCUUUGCCUGACUGAAAUGAAUGACCAGUCUUUAUCUAGAGAGAUCCAGACGUAUCUCAAAUCAGAGAAACACUCAAAAAUCCUGUCUCCUGGACAGUGCUCAGCUCUAGCCUGCAUGCUUCUGAUCUCGGAGGAAGUGCUGGAAGAAUUUGAGCUGAAGAAAUAUAACACAACAGAGGAAGGUUAUAGAAGACUGAUCCCAGCUGUAAGCAACUGCAGAAGAGCUCUACUAGCUGGUUGUAAUCUGUCCACAAGCUUCUGUGAAGUACUAACAUCAGCUCUACAAUCAGCAAAUUGUCCCAUGAAAGAACUGGAUGUCAGUAACAACAUCCUGCAGGAUGCAGGAGUGGAGCUUCUCGCUGGGGGACUGAAAAGUUCCAACUGUAACCUGGAGAUUCUAAGACUCGCUGGGUGUAAUCUCACCCAAAACUCCAGUGAAAUUCUCAGCUCCAUUCUGAAAUCAGCAAAUUCCACCCUAAAAGAACUGGACAUUGGUUAUAACAUCCUACAGGAUUCAGGAGUGGAGUUGCUCUCUGAUGGACUGAAGAGUUCAACUUGUAAACUGAAGAUCCUGAGGCUGCCUGGCUGCAAUAUCACCACAAAGUCUUGUGAAAUACUAACAUCAACUCUGCAAUCAGCAAACUCCAGCCUGAAAGAACUGGACCUCAGUAACAACUUUCUGCAGGAUGCAGGAGUGGAGCAGCUGUCUGCUGGACUGAAGAGUUCAUACUGUAAAGUGGAGAUACUCAGACUAGCUGGUUGUAAACUGUCCAUUAGCUCCUGUGAAAUACUUUGUUCUUCUCUAAAAUCGGCAAACUCCCUGCUGAAAGAAUUAGAUCUUAGUAACAAUGACCUACAGGAUUCAGGAGUGGACCUGCUCUCUGCUGGACUGAAGAGUUUACACUGUAAACUGGAGAUACUCAGAUUGUCUGGUUGUUUGGUGACAGAGAAGGGCUGUUCUUUUUUGGAUUCAGCUCUAAAAUCAAACCCCUCACAUCUGAAAGAACUGGAUCUGACCUACAACCAACCAGGAGACUCAGGAGUGAAGCUACUCUCUGCUAGACUGGAGGAUCCACACUGCAAACUAGAGACUUUUAGACUAGCUGGCUGUAAUCUCACUACGGAUUCUUGUAUGACACUUGCAUCAACUCUACAAUCCAAAAACUCUACUCUGAAAGAAUUGGAUAUCAGUACCAAUGACCUGCAAGAUGCAGGAGUGGAGCUGCUUUCUGCUGGGCUGAGGAGUUCACACUGUAAACUGGAGAUACUUAGAUUAUCAGGCUCCUUGGUGACGGAGGAAGGCUGCUCUUUUUUGGCUUCAGCUCUAAAAUCAAACCCCUCACACCUGAAAGAACUGGACCUGUCCUACAAUAACCCAGGGGAGUCAGGAGUGAAGCUACUCUCUGCUAGAUUGGAGGAUUCACACUGCAGACUGGAAACACUGAGGGUGGAGCACGGAGGGAAGAUCAGGAUCAAACCAGGCCUAAGAAAAUAUGCCUGUGAACUUACACUGGACCCAAACACGGUACACACAGAUCUUGCUCUGUCCGAGGGGAACAAAAAAGUGAAGUCUGUGAGAGAGCCGCUGGUGUAUCCUGAUCAUCCAGAAAGAUUUGAUAUCUGGUUGCAGGUGCUGUGUAGAGAGAGUGUGUCAGGACGCUCUUACUGGGAGGCUGAGUGGGGUGGGAGGGGGGCUGCUAUAGCAGUGACUUAUAAAGGAAUCAGCAGGAAAGGAGGCGGUGAUGACUGUCGGUUUGGAUAUAAUGAUAAAUCCUGGAGGCUGUACUGCACCAAUUCAGCUGGGACAAACAGUUACUCUGUGUGGCACAAUAAGAAAAUCACUGACAUACCUGCCCCCACUCCUAGCUCCAACAAAGUAGGAGUAUAUUUGGACUGGGCAGCCGGCAUUCUGUCUUUCUACAAUGUCUCCUCAGACACAGACACACUGACCCACCUUCACACAUAUCACUCUAAAUUCACUGAGCCCCUCUAUGCUGGAUUUUGGAUUGGUUUUGACUCUUCAGUAUGUGUUUUAGAUCAAAUAGCUUGCUGAGUCUGUAGGUAAACCAACACUGCUCUACUCAUACCAAUACAGUUCUUGGCAAAAAAAACCACCACUGCAAGUGUUUGUCCUCUGCUACUUAGAUCACUCACUGUUGGGCAUCCAACCAAAAUGCAUGAUUAUGUCUUUUUAUCAGUUUGGGACUACAGAUUACACAGAGACAUUUUGGCUAUGUUCACACAACACUGCUGAGUCAAGGAAAACUCUGAAAGCAAAAUGUAAAGAAUCUGAGGACGCGAACCAAAGAGGUGACUGUGGCUGAAUAACAUGGCAAUUUGCAGCGAGCUUGAACACAUUCUGUGUGAUGAGCCCAGCUGUCAGCCAUCGAAACUUUGUGAUCGCAUCUGUGAUGUUGGCAAAGAUGAAACUGAAAGCUCCGGAAGCAACUGGUGUUCGUUCAUAGUCAUGAUUGUUUACCUCUGGAUGAGCCACAUGAAGCAACAUGAAGCACUGUUUUUUUGUGCAUGCACGUCAGUUUGGGAGCGUGAUCUGUGCAGACUAAUGUAGCAUAGAAAAGGUAAUGUGAACAGCCAAACAAAAAAAAAUCUGAUUUGGUGAAAAAAUCUGAUUUGGGCCACUUUUAGCUGCUGUGUGAAUGUAGCCUUUCUCCCCUCUGCAACCCCUUUAUAUUAGUUUCUGGCAAUACUCCUUUUUGUUGUUAUUUUUGCCCACAGUGUCACCAAACCGGUGCAAACUGGCUAGCAAGUGCUUUCUCCACAACAUAUGAAGCACCAUCACAUCUUUACAAACUGCUACUUAUGGACCCUUAUUGAAUAACUCCCAAUUCUGUUAGUUCUGUAACUGCUAAUUCUGUUGCCUAGCAUCAAGCUGUGUGAUGGGGUUAAGGGUGGACUAUCCUACCCACCCAGAGAGAGGGGACAGUUAUGCUGUCCUGGACAAAGAUGCCUGAGGCAUAGCCAAUGAUUGAGCCCCCUUCAUUGUACAGUAAUGUUUGUAAAACUUGCUGAUAAUAGUUGAAGAAGUGCCAUGAAUAUUUUUUUAAUCAGCUGGAAGGCCAGAACUUGCACGUAACUGCUUGUACAUUUGAUGGAUUUAUUUAUUUUUCUGUUUAUUUAUUUAUUUAUUUAUUUAUUACAUGUAUUUUUUGUUGCUUUGUUACU